AUGGUCGGGGUGGCGCGGGGCCGGGCCGGGACGACUUCAGGGGACCCAGCCGGGUCGAGCCCCGAGAGCCGCCGAGGCCCCGACAGUCGCUCGGCGACGCGCCCCCCGCACUCCCCGCCCCGGGCCGCUCUUGGGCCCCCGGGGACCUCACUCGCGCGCUUGCGUGCUGCGGCCAGAGCGCCGGGCCCCAACAGCCCUGAGCGGGCUGGGGGCGGCGCGCUGGGAGGGCGGAGAGCGGCGCGUGGGGGGUGGGUGGGUGGGUGUCGGGGUGGAGAUGUAGAAGAUGUGACGCCGUGGUCCGAGUGCCAGACCUGCGGACGCGGUGCCCGCGGCUGCAAUCGGAUCCCGGGCGCUGCAGUCGGGAGGCAGCCCUCUCGAGAGUGGCGACCGCGGAGACUCCGAGCCCCAAACCCCCGCUCCCGGGCCGCCCGGCUCCCUGCGCUCCUGGGCCCGCAGAGGCCAGGGCCGAGCGGCGCAAGGCUGGGGGCCAGCGGCCGCGGCCGCGCGCCGCCGGGUGGGCGGCUGGGGGGCCGGGGCCGGGGCCGCGUCCCGGAGCAGGUCGGAGGCCGGGGCCGAGGCCGGGGAGCAGCGGCUCCCCGCGCGGCUGCAGGAGCGCGGGGAUCCCGGCAGGGUCCCGGUGGGGCCAUGGCCGCCGGGAGCAUCACCACGCUGCCCGCCCUGCCAGACGACGGUGGCAGCGGCGCCUUCCCGCCCGGCCACUUCAAGGACCCCAAGCGGCUGUACUGCAAAAAUGGGGGCUUCUUCCUGCGCAUCCACCCCGACGGCCGAGUGGACGGGGUCCGGGAGAAGAGCGACCCUCACAUCAAACUCCAACUUCAAGCGGAAGAGAGAGGCGUUGUGUCUAUCAAAGGAGUGUGUGCGAACCGCUAUCUCGCUAUGAAGGAAGAUGGGAGGUUACUGGCUUCCAAAUGUGUUACAGACGAGUGUUUCUUUUUUGAACGACUGGAAUCUAACAACUACAAUACUUACCGCUCAAGGAAAUACUCCAGUUGGUAUGUGGCACUGAAACGAACUGGGCAGUAUAAACUUGGACCCAAAACAGGACCUGGGCAGAAAGCUAUACUUUUUCUUCCAAUGUCUGCUAAGAGCUGAUCUAAUGGCGACACCUGAUCUCA